AUGGAUGGCGCCAGCGCCGGUGGCCUGGGCAAGCUCCUCCCCAAAGCCUUGUCAGUCAAAAGGAGACGCGGAAAGGACAAGAACAGCCGCCAGUCUGAAGCGUCGGGCCAGGACGACGACACCCCCAGCUCGAGCGCGCAUAGCAGCAACAGGCGUCACGACGAUGCCCACAUGCGCCCAGCCGACACCACCAACACGAACACGAACACGGCUGGCAAGGACGACACAUGCAUGGAUGACGACCGUAGCUUCGGCUUCGGCUCCUGCGAAUCUGGCCAAGACCGGUACCUCGCUGACUCUGAUGCGUCCGCUUCGAGCUCAGCGCCAACUCGACCCGCCACAAUCUCCGCCCAUCCGUCCCUGAUCGGCUACCUGACAACGUCAUCGCCAGCUAUCCAGGCUCAGCACCUCGACUCUCAUCAACCUCACUUCCAACAUUCGCCCCAACAACCACCUGGCUUCUCCAACCGCGGCAGCGACAAAUCUUGGUCUCCCGAAAAAGGGUCCAAGUUGAGCAGCUUGCCCAGCUUGCCCAGCUUGCCCAGCUUGCCCAGCCUGCCCAGCUUCGGCAGCCAAAGCCAGGAGCCCCCUGCCCCCGCAGCUGAUCGCAUGGGUAGGGCCCUUGCGCCCAGAAUUCAGACGGAACCUCCCCGUACACCCCCCAAGGGCGAGAUCCCGCCCCCCGUCAUUGUCAACACGCCUCCGACUCCCAUUGAAUUACCCGCUGGAUCCAAUCCGGGCUCCCAGCUUGGGGGGUCCCCUGCUGCAAAGUUCUUGGGCAACGGUGGCGGUCGGAGAGCUGGUGCUGAGCAUGGUCCCCUUGCCUCGAACAUGAGUCUACAUCGCAGAAGCAAGUCCGGAUCCGCAGAAAUUGGUCCUAGCAAACUGUCGCGCAUCACCACCGCACCGCCGACCCCCAGCGACGAGUCUGGCGGCCAAGCUACUCCCAGCGCCGUUGGUUUCUUCUCCUCGGUGAUAUCUGCUGCUCAAAACGCCGCCAACUCCAUCAGCAACACUAUCCCCAGCGCCGGGCUUGGAAUAGGAGCAAGCAAAAGCCGAUCCAACAUGACCAAACCCGAAAGCUCCCCCGCGGCGAGUCAAGCUGUCUUGACCAAAGACGCCGAGCUGGAACCCGAACCUCGCAUCGAAGGCACCGUGGACCGCAAAGGCUCCGCUGUGCGAACACUUGGUUCGGGAGACCUGAGCUUGAGUCAUCUUGGCUUGCCGGACCCCUCAGUCAUCCCGUCUCCUGCCAGCGCACGCUUCCCUGAUGUCGCUGACACGAGGACUAGAUCUGAGUCAGCUCCAGCUGAGCCUCAGACGGCCCCCGGAGCUGCCUUGCCCGCCGAGUCACCCGGUCGGCCCCGAUCCUUGGUUGAUACGGCAAGCGGCGACCGGACGCCUCCGCAGAUGGAUUUCCCCGAUCCCAAAGGCCGUGCUCAGAGGUCGUCUAGUCUCAGGAGCGCGAUGAACCCGCAUAGGAAGCGGGGAAGCUCGGUGACCACGGGCGGAACCAUAGCGGCGGCCGUCGCCACGGCCAACCAUGCUGUCAUGCAUCCCAGCGGGGGCCUCGGCGGCCCCAAGCUGACCGGAUUUGCGAUUGCCAGCAAGAAACGGAACCGCGACUUCCACAAUCUGUUCAAAAGCGUGCCCGACGACGACUACCUCAUUGAGGACUACAGCUGCGCUCUUCAGCGGGAGAUCCUGGCGCACGGACGGCUAUAUGUGUCGGAAGGCCAUCUCUGCUUCAGCAGCAACAUCCUUGGUUGGACGACCACGUUGGUCAUGAGCUUUGACGAGAUUGUGUCCGUCGAGAAGAGAAGCACCGCGCUGCUUUUCAAAAACGGUCUCAUGAUCUCCACCUUGCACGCGAAGCACAUUUUUGCCAGUUUCACGAGCAGGGAUGCGACAUAUGACCUGAUUGUGAAUAUCUGGAAGCUCGGCCACCCUACCCUCAAGAGCACCUUGAACGGUGUUCAGCUGGAGGGAACCGGAGGUGACAAGACGGAAAAACUUGUUUCGGAGCAAGAGGUGGUGGGAGGACAAGACGACGCACAAGAGGGCUAUGGAUCGGAAGAGUCAUCCGAAGACGACGACGAGGGCGAAUUCUACGACGAGGAACACGACGAGUUCCUGGAAACACAUUCAAUGGAGCUGAGCGCGAUGGAAGCUGAUGUGGAACAGCCGGCAUCCAGGAAGGUGUCCAACCUGACAAGCUCAAACGGACCAACGCCGGACGCCCCCAAAGAAGGAACGGCGCCUACUGGUCCAGCUGGCGCCGCCGACUUCCCCGGGCCAGCAAGCCACCCACCGACGGAUUGCGGCGACACGUCUGCUCAUUACGACAAGGUCGUGGCAGACGAGGUGAUCCCUGCGCCGCUUGGCAAAGUGUACAACCUCAUGUUUGGACCCGGCUCCGUCUCGUGGAUGAGCAAAUGGCUGUCGAGUGACCAAAAAUGCACGGAUAUUCAGAUGGAGGAUACGAAAGGCCUCACAGCGGAGAACAGAAGCCGCACCUUCUCCUACGUCAAGCCGCUGAGCGCAUCCAUCGGGCCAAAACAGACCAAGUGCGUCGUGACAGAAACGAUGGAGCAGAUUGACUUGGAAAAGGCCGUCAGCCUCAACGUCACGACUCAGAACCCUGACGUGCCGUAUGGGAACCUCUUUACCGUCAAGACGCGAUACUGCGCGUCGUGGGCCGACAACAACGCCACUCGACUGCAAAUCAAUUGCACGGUCGAGUGGUCCGGCAAGUGCUGGCUCAAAGGUACCAUUGAGAAAAAUGUCAACGACGGCCAAGGCCAAUACUCGAGAGAGCUCUUUGCCGCCCUCAGGGCUGCCGUGUCGACGCGCGGGCGGCAUGGUGCGGCCACCCACCCAACAGCGGCCAAGGGCAAGAAGAAGUCGAAGAGGGGCCGAGCCUUGCUAUCAUCCGCCCAGGGUUCCACGCACGAGAAGCUGGGCAAAUCAGCCGGCGCGCGCGAGAGAAACUGGGGGCCGGCUGAGCCGCUCCGAGGCAUAGUGGAGCCCAUUGUCGACGCUGUUCAGCCGAUUCUGAUGGGCAACGUCAUGUACGGCCUGCUCGUGGGACUUUUGGUGGCCACGUGGCUUGGCCUCGGAACGAGGCCGAAUGCUCAUCCGUCCCCGGAGCCAGGCGUAGGAUACUACAGCCCGAGUCGGCAAGCGGCGUACGAUGAAAUGUGGCGCAAACAGGAUUCGGAGCUGUGGGAGUGGCUGGAGGAACGAGUUGGGCUGGACCGUCUCAACGCUGACGAGGCAAACGGGAGGAAACGGGCCAUGGAGCAAGGCACGGUGGAAGCGAAGCUGCGACACGAGCGACUGGACGAGCGCGAGAUACGGGAAGCCAUCCGGGUGACGGAAGAAAAACUACGUGUGCUGAAAGAGGUUGUUGAAAGGGCGCGACCCAGCUAA